CUUGGGAAGUGCCAUCCGCUCAUCGUAGCCUUGUUCCCGUCACAAAGUCCCAGCCCCACGGCCCUGGAGCGAGAGACCCGAGCGGAGCAGUGAACACAGCAGCAGCAGCAGCGCGACUCACAAGACCCAGACCCGUCAGACCCGUCGUCAUGUCUUCCAACUCGACUCCAAACGUUCGAAUCCUGAUAAAAGGAGGUAAAGUGGUGAACGAUGACUGCACGCAGGAGGCAGACGUCUACAUCGAGAACGGGAUCAUCCAGCAGGUGGGGAAGGAACUGAUGAUUCCAGGGGGGGCAAAGGUCAUCGACGCCUCUGGAAAACUGGUGCUGCCCGGAGGGAUCGACACCAGCGUGCACCUGGACCAGACCUUCAUGAACGCCACCACCGCCGACGACUUCUACAGCGGCACAAAGGCUGCUCUGGCUGGAGGGACGACCAUGGUGAUCGCUCACGUGUUACCGGACAAAAACGAGUCUCUGAUGGACGCCUACGAGAAGUGCCGCAACUCUGCAGAUCCUAAAGUCUGCUGUGACUACGCCUUGCACGUCGGCGUCACCUGGUGGGGACCCAAGGUGAAAGCGGAGAUGGAGAGGUUGGUUCGUGACAAAGGCGUAAACUCGUUCCAGAUGUUUAUGGCGUAUAAGGACUGGUUUAUGCUGAGGGACAGUGAGCUGUACCAGGCUCUGCUUCACUGUAAAGAUAUCGGAGCAGUCGCCCGAGUCCACGCCGAGAACGGAGAGCUGGUGGCAGAGGGGGCGAAGGAGGCGCUGGAGCUGGGGAUCACUGGACCAGAGGGGAUUGAAAUCAGCCGACCAGAAGAGCUGGAGGCAGAGGCGACUCACCGGGCCAUCACCAUCGCCAACAGGGCGCACUGCCCCAUUAACCUGGUGAAUGUGUCGUGUGCUUCUGCUGGAGACGUCAUCGCCACGUCAAAGAUGCAGGGUAAAGUGGUCCUGGGGGAGACCACCACGGCUCACUCUGUGCUCUCUGGGCUGCAGUAUUAUCAUCAGGACUGGGCUCUGGCGGCGGCUCAUGUGACUGUGCCCCCUCUGCGACUGGACCAGGGCACGCCCAACGCCAUCCUCAGUCUGCUGGGGAGUGACACUUUAAACGUGGUGGCGUCUGAUCAUCGCCCCUUCACCAUCAAACAGAAAGCCAUGGGCAAAGACGACUUCACCAAAAUCCCACACGGAGUCCCAGGAGUCCAGGACCGGAUGAGUGUGAUCUGGGAGCGGGGCGUGAUUGGAGGGAAAAUGGACGAGAAUCGUUUCGUGGCAGUGACCAGCUCAAACGCCGCCAAGAUCUACAACCUGUACCCCCGGAAAGGACGGAUCAUCGCCGGAGCGGACGCCGACGUGGUGGUGUGGGACCCCGAGGGAUCCAAGAUCAUCUCUGCUGACUCCCAGGUCCAGGCGGGGGACAUAAACCUGUAUGAGGGUCUGCGUCUCCAUGGCGUUCCCAUAGUAACCAUCGCCGGGGGCAGGCUGGUGUACGAGGGGGGCAUGUUCACCUGCGCCGCGGGAGCCGGGAGCUACUGCCACAUGAGGAGCUUCCCUGACCCGCUCUACAAGAAGAUGGUGCAGAGGCAGAAGUCUCAGGCGGUGAAGCCGGUGGAGAGGGAGCCGUACUGUGGGGAGGUGGUGGAGGUGGUGAACUCAGGCAAGAGGGACUUUGGGACCCCAGACCUGGACACUCCCACUCGGCCGAGCACACGGCACGGGGGCCUCAGGGACCUCCAGGAGUCCAGCUUCAGUCUGUCCGGAGCCCAGAUUGACGACCACGUUCCCAAAAGAUCUUCUGCCCGGAUCCUGGCUCCUCCAGGGGGGCGCUCCAGUGGGAUUUGGUAACUGCACAAUGGUGAAACAGGAGAAGAAGAAGUUGUAGUUUUUUUUUUUAUUAUUUUUGGAGGUCGUUCCAUUGGAAAGGUGUUUUGAUUUCAGACACUGCACAAUGUUUCUAUAGGACUGUCCCACACUGCAUUUAAAGAAGGUAGAAGUGAAGUAGGAGGAACCAAGUUUAGCUUUCGGUGACUGGAUUAUGUAGUGAACUUCUUGUAGUGUUCAAGACCAAGUACCAGACCAAACUCUCCACAUUUUUAUCACUUUAUUACCAUGGUGUGUGUAUUAACGGGCAUAUGACAGGUUUGACUCUUUCAUUUCUACUUAACGUGGUGGUUGGUGAUGGGUUAUUAUAAAUUAUAGUUCCAUACCAAUCAAAAACAAUCUAUUGAAAAUUACAGAAAGUAUUUAUAACAAAAUCAAGAUCAUUCUAUCAAUUAAUAAACUGGGGAUUUUUUUAGUUUUAGCAAAAACUUGAAUAUGAUGUUUACUGUGUUGUAAUCCAACUUGUCAUCGGCCCUUUAAUCAGUGCACUUUAAAUGAUCACAUUCUCAGUGGUGACAAACGGAUAAUGUCACCUCAGCUGCCCUGGGGCAAACUGACAGGAACGUCACUGUCAUUGACUUUAAUAUCUGUGUGUGGUGUUUUGCCCAAUGACACAACAUCAGCCUUGCACUGGGGAGGAAUCUAUCCAACAACCCUCCAAACAACAGACAACAUUUCAUCAGUAUAAAGGUGGGAUCAUUUGUGUGGUUGGCCCUUCAAAAUAAAAGCCUGGUCUUCAACACUACUGUGUACACAGACUGUUCAGUAGUAUCAGAGGUGGGUAGUGUAGGAUCUGUUUGUUUAUUUGUAUUUUAGUAUUUAUUGUUUCUUACUUAGUUUUAUUUAUUGGAAUUUGCACACUACUUUAUCAUUUCUUUUUGUUAUUAAACAGUAAUAAUGGCUUAUAACUGUUCAGAUCUCACAUUUUAAAUCACAAUAUUGAGCUAUAAAGAGUUAAUAAAAGAAACUAGUGCACUGACUCACGCGUUACAAAACUGUGGUGUCCAACGGAGCUGAUGU